AUGUUCGCAGCCUUCGGCCAACGACGCCUCCGCCUCUGGCCAACGACGCCUCGGCCUCCGGUCUCCGGUCGACGAGACAGACGAAGUCUCCUACUCCGGCCUACAGCCGCUUCUUCCUCCUUCUUUCACGUUGUUUACAGAAAAAAAUUUUCUUCUCCAACUUCCUUCCCGAUUUCAACAUUAGCCCCAUCUAAUGUUCCUAUAAUCAAGCAUCCAUUGAGUGCAAAUUUCAUAUUACUUGUCCCAUUAGCUUCCAUUCCAGCUGUACUUAUAUGCUGUGACACCUCACUUCCUGGUAUAAGAGGAGCUGUAUACACCAGUAGUGCUAUAGUUAUUCUGUAA